UCUCGGCAGUACUGUACCGUAAUGCCGUCAGACCCCGAGCACCAUUAACCUACAUCAGUGUUCCCCCAGGCUACACGUGUACCAUUCUGCGAUUGUUCCAAAUGUUGUCUACAACCGCAGGCAUUGGCAUUAAGUGGGUUCAAUUCAGAGAGCUCGACUAUCUGGGACUGUUGUGUACACACGGUUGCAUUGUGGAGUGUUUUACGUAGAGGCCAGUCAUGGCAGUGAAGGUGAUCUUGCAGUUUUAUCCUGAUGAAGGAGGAAAGAGCGAUAUUUGAUGAUCGUUAUAUCACCACCAACCGUUGGUAUUGAACCGAGUGAGCUGUUCAUUCAUUAAGGCGAUGGCUUCGAGGCAAUUAACCUUGAGUGCAGUGUAUUGUCGACUCGACGCUUUUCGUCAUUAGGUGAUCUUCUCAGUGAUGUAAUUUGUUUGUGAGACAGGUCGUUUCUGUCGCUAGUGACGCCGUGAUAGACAUUGUUGCGUGCGUUAGGGAGUGCAUCAGACGGGAAUUGAGCGCGCGCUGCAUCAGUCUCAUCAUGGCGGCCGGACUGAGCAAGCUGCUACGGCAGAGCAACCGCGCACCGCCCAGCGCCCGACGGAAGAGACACUCCUUCAGUCGGGUUAGGAAGCUCCGUAUAGGAAACCAGGACAGCACCACAUCCACGGAAAACUCUAUCACCUUACCUGCCUACAGUGGCGGUGUGGGUGGGGGUGGUGGUACGGGCGGUGGAGGGGGAAGUGGCGAAGGGGGAGGGGAUGGUGGCGCACGGGAGAGAAUUGUCGCACGCGAUGAACCCGAUAUACGACGGGAAAUGAACAGCGUGCGAUUCAGUGAUGACUCGCACGGCACUACGGAUGAUCAACAUAUGACUCUGCCAGGUAUGAUACCAGCCGAUCACCCAUCACCACCUCAACCCUCAGUCAAGGCCAAAGUUGCGCCCAUCCUUAAGCAGAAAUCAUCGGCUAGCAUGUUAAAGUUCAAGCCCGCCGGGCAGGGUAUCUCCUCAUCCGAUCUAGAGGACAUCCCACAACCCACCAGAAAGUACGUCUCAAACGUGCGCACCCGACGCGUCAUGAAGGAGUUCGAAGCUGCUAACCGAAUGAGCCAGUCAGAGGACACUUUAUUUGAGAUCAGUCUAGUAUCUGAUAACCUCUACGAAUGGUGCAUAAAGCUCCUCAAAGUAGACCCCAUGUCGGAACUUCACAGCGACAUGAAGGCGACGAACACUGCAUCCAUCGACUUCAACAUGACUUUCCCGGAUAAUUUCCCCUUCUCGCCUCCCUUCGUCCGUGUGACUACACCUCGGGUGGAGAACGGGUACGUCUUAGACGGAGGAGCCAUCUGUAUGGAGCUCUUGACACCUCAAGGGUGGUCGAGCUCUUACACCAUCGAGGCAGUUAUCAUGCAACUGGGAGCAACCUUGGUCGCCGGCCACGCCCGCAUCUCUCAGAACAAGAAGAAACCGUUCGGGGAGAUUCCGUUCAACAAGCAAGAAGCCCUCGAGAGUUUCAAUAACAUCGUGGAGACUCACAAGCGGUACGGCUGGCUGGAUCCACCUGGAGAGUUCAGCUGAUUAACCUCGCAGUCAGAUUGUGCGUUAGAUGUUGUCAUUGGCAGAAUUUUGUGAAGAUUUUGUCACUGGAGACAUCGAUUACAAGGGAUCACGUGGCGCAAUCUUGCAAGCUGUGUCAGUUAAAAACACCUCAAACCCACUGCCUAUAAACAUUUCUUUAUUGGGGUCAGAAUUAAACGGUGAAUCAAGAUGGUGGUUAUACAGUCACCACGUCCAUUCUACACAUUCAGAAUUUAUCUCGGGAUGAUUAAUUAACUCUCUGACUAAUUACAAUCUGACUUAACGAGGAAAACGCCAGAACAAAAACAAAUGAGCAGUAGGUUCGAUUGCAAAGGCCGUGUUGAUUGCUGCGUGAAAUCCGGAUCUGCCAUGGCUCAUCUCGCCCGAGUGCCUUUAUUACCACCAAUGUCUAGAAACGUGCCUCUUAUUUGUUUUGUUUGUUUGUUUGAUUUUAAACAAACAAACAAAUCGUAGCGUGGAAUUGUCGGGAUAAUCAAAUUUUGUAAAUUCUAAAACUGCACACUCGCUUGUCGUUUGGGGUUUCCUAAAUGAAUGUGCAUACGAUACAAUGUGAUAUCGAAUGGAUCCGCUUCAUCAUCAACAGGUAUGAUUUCCGCUGUUAUAAUAUUAACAGAGCCCACGUUUGUGAGGAAGCGAUCACGGGUGUUUUAUUGUAUAUCAUGUGAUAACGCACGUUAGAAAAUAUUUGGAACAAGUAUUUUCAGUUCAAACUUUAUAUUCGUAUGGCACUUAAUCUAAGCAACAGUUUGUAUACAUUUUCGUUGACUUCUUAAAUUUGCCGACGUAUCGUGAUAAAAAAUAUCAUAUGUUUCUUUCACUGUAGGCCCUAACACAAUUCAAUGAUAAGUAAGGCUUCAAAUAAUACCUCAAUUUGAAAUCCAAUUCCUGUGUUUUUAGACAACAACGCGGACAAAAAAAGCACAUGAAAAUGUUACUCUUAUAUGCCAUGACAUUUUGUAUUCAAUCAGACAAGCUAUUCGUUUUUACGAUCAAUAACUCUACAUCCAAGGGCAUUCCGCGACCGUGGAUUGUAUUGUGGUUGAUUAUUUUGUACGAAAACGGCCUUUGACAUCAAGUCAUCUGUCGAUAUAAACAGCCGUUGGGUUUAGGAGCAAUCAGACUGUACUGGAAAAUUGGGCUGCUUGAUUUCUCACGUAACAUUGCAGCUGCAUGGUAAUGACGACAGCGUGCUUGCAUGCGCAGCCCCAUUUUUGCUCCACCACACUGCAAAAACUGUAGUGUAAAUUUAACACCAUUCGG